AUGGUUGCACAUGUUUACCAGUGUUAUGGUACAACAAAGAGAGGGUUUCGAUGUAAAAUCACCGUCAAUUGUGACAAGGGAUAUUGUCAUUACCAUAUAGAUCAAAAUAAGAAGUUGGCAAAAAAUUUACUGGUUAGCGCUUCAGCCAGUACCAUUGCCCAAAACAAAAAGUUUUCAUCAAACCUGUAUCAUGAAGCAAUCCAACUACAAGGGCCCGGUGCUUUUUUACCAAAAGGACUACCGUACAUGGAGGGCAAAGUUUUGAAAAGUCUGCGCAAGGGAUACAUUUACAUUUAUACCAUGAAAAAUUUCAUAAACCCUCCCAAAGACUGGAAUUUCCAAAUCAAAAAUAUUCCAAAAACUUCUAAACGACAUCAUGACAAAUGGAUCAAUUUCAAGAGCACUAAAUCGCCAUAUAUCUUGGUAAAAAUUGGCAUGACUAAUCAAUUACCAAAUAUCCGAAUAAAACAAUGGGAAUCCAAGUGUAAGCAUGAACUAAUCAAUAUAGGACCUCGAAAUGAACAUUUGUUAAAACGUCGUCUACAUUGGUGGCAACAAAUGAUGUAUUUGAGCUUACAUGAUACUCAUCAAGAUGAAGAUCGAUAUCGUUAUCAAAGAUUUAAAAAUGACGGUUUCUACUGUGAAGAGAAUCUAGAAGCCGUUGAACUGAUGAUACAUUCAACUUUGAGGGAAAAAUAUGGCAAGGGGGAUGUUUAUUGCAGUGGAUGUGUUGCUGAUGAAGACUUGACUGUGAAUAAAGAUUUGGAAAAGGCCCCACUACAAAAUAAUUACAAAGUUCAUACUGAAUGGUUCUUAAUCCCCAAAAUUAGUAUUAGGGCAAUAUACCAAAUGAUUGACGAAAUGUGUAGAACAGUAGGUAGUAGGUAG